AUGUCUAAAAAUGGAUCAUCCGAUCCGACGACGGACAAACGGGAGAGAAUACGCCAAGAGUUUUUCAGAAACAUUCUGAAAGGCUCUGGCCUCAGUGGUAGAAUCGGCUCAAUGGAUACAUCGGACGACGGUGGCUCAACGUCAUCUCGACAAACGCCUCCAGAAUAUCCGAGCCCGACACCGCCGAGCAACUCUCCUCCUAUAACCUCUGCAUCCCUCGAGGCGGAAUCUCCAAUUGGAGAUGAAUACAGCAACGAGAAUGACGUCGACGAUAGAUGUGCGAGCUCUGGCGAAGAGAAAGUCAAUAUGAGCGGUCUCUGCACAGAGGAUGAAGAAGAUGGUGAUCCGGAGAUAUUGGAUAAGAUGAAAGAUUGGAUUGUGCAGCAGGGAUACAAUAUGAUUCCUUUCGACAAAUCAAUCAAACUUGGUGCUGGAAUGGUCUUCGUCCACGUCAUCGAUACUACUCUCCGCGUGGAAUUAGGCGAUAAUGAGAUUGUUCUCGACGGUUAUGGAUCCAUCCUGAUGAUGGGCAAACCUGGUCAAUAUAUUCGACCAUUCCCAUUCCACGUACCGCAUGGAAUUGGUUGUUAUCAAUUUGCUGAUGGAAAUGAGGUAAGUACCUUGUCAUACUGUAGUUCCAUACUCAAUGGUGUACGUCUUACUCACAUUGUCUUUGCUAGCGCUCACUUAAACCGUGUAUUCAACCCAAUGAACGUCCCUACACUUCGCUGCUUACCAGCACCAACUAAUCAUGAUCAGGAUGCACCAUCAGGAUCGGAUGAAGAGAGUCGCAGAAACGGUGACAGGAAUAACAAUGGGAGUGGCAGCGAUGAACAAAAUUUUGAGAAAAAUGAAAAUCAUGGAAACGCUCAAGGACGAUCUGACUAUGGGAAUCGCAAUUCGGGACGCGAGAGAUCGAAUGGGCAAGUAGAGGAACAAGAAAAUGGUCAAACUGGCGGUCAAUCCGAAGGGCAAUCCAAUGAACCAGUUGAGCAAGCAGCUAGCGGACCAUCUCAAGACUACCGUAAUCAUGGACACCAGCACAAUGGCCAGGAUUAUCGUCGCCAUGGUAACGGACACUUCCAUAACGGACAAGGGAACCGUCAGCAACAUGGAAAUGGGAAUCAGAACAAUCGCGGUGGCAGAAAGCCAAGAGGAAACGGGCAUCGUCAGCAUGAUUUCCUUGCUCCUCGUGAUAACCAUGGACAACAAAGAAACGGUGGACAAAAUGGUUACAAUUGUCAUCGUGAAGUUCAGAAUGGGAAUGGACAUCACAAUGGACAUCGUGGACAUCAUGUGCAAAAUGGAAAUCACAAUGGUUAUAAUCAAGGAAGAAAUGGGAGCCGACGUGGGGAGCACCACCGUAACCACCAAAGAGGAUGGCAAGGACACCAAGGGGAAUCUAGCAGCAACAAUGGCUAUUUCGAGAACAUACAACAAUUCCCACCCCUUCCAUCUCAGGAUCAAGGGCAGGUGAUGAUGGUGGCUCCUCAAGAAAUAAAUCAAUGGGAAUCAGGACACCAGGGACCGGUUGUUGAUGAAGCUCCAAUGACGCUGCAAAGAGCUCAGUUCCCGUCACCAGAUGCUCCGGAAUUCCAUCCACAAGGAUUUGUCCACGAGAUGCAAAUGGAUGACCAAAUGGUUCAAAUACCCAAUGAAAUGAUGGUGGCUCAACCCAUGAUGAACGGAGGGAUGCCAAUGCAAGGGAUGGUGCCAAAUGGUGCAAUGGUCCCAGUGACGCACGGUCAUAUGCAAAUGCAGCCUAUGAUGCCACCAGUUGAUGUUCACGGCAAUCCAAUCUACUCGGUGCCACCUCCACAGCCGGGAAUGAUAAUAGACGGAAACCAGUAUCACAACAAUUGGAAUGUCCAUUAUCCACAUCUGAUACAUGUCGAUGUCCCAGAAGAAGCAUUGGUCAUGAAACAGCCAACCCAACAGGAUACUCAUCCGGCGUACAUGAUGUUUGGUUUUGAUCCGGUGGAUGUAAAUGGGUUCUUGCGCAGCAUAGGACUCACCAAUUUCAUCCAAAUCGACGACAGCGAGAUCCAGUAUCAUGCCACGGUCAAAAACCAGGAGGAGCUUCCUUCCAAAUCGUUCCUCGUGGAAAUCAUGCGGGAACGCUCGCAAACUGGACAACUUCUCUUCGAAGUCUUCUCGCUCCAGCCAAACACUCGCUACACAAUCACAAUGUGUGCCAGAAUGGAUGCCAGAAAGCUUCGUGGACCUCCAACAAAGCCAUUUGAGUUUCGUACUGCACCAGGACGUCCAGAUCCACCGAAAGAUCUACGGAAUAUCCACCGUGGUUUACACUACAUCAAAGUUGCGUGGAAGGCUGGAAAUAACAACGGAUCCCUGAUCUUGUACUACCAUUUGGAGCUCUUUGCGGAUGGAUGCAGCGAAGGGCAACUUAUUGAGAGCAAAGAAGAUACUGUCGAGAUUCUCAACUUGAAGGAGCACACAGCUUAUGAAGCUCGCAUCACUGCAUUCACUGCCCUGGGAGAGUCGUUGGUUGGGCUCAAUCGAAGAUUGUUCACCAAAGGUGUGGGUCAGCCAAAAAAGGCACGCAACCUUUGUGUCUUCCCUGUCUCCCAUCGCUCUUUUGCUAUCACCUGGGAUGAGGAUCCAACCAAUUACUAUGAUCUCGAGAUGUACAAUUGCUCCACCAACGUUAGUAAGGUUGUGAGAAAAGAUCUUGGCAGCUACCGUACCACUGUUGGAGAACUCCCACCCAGCACGUUAUUCCACUUCCGCGUCAAAUCAGUGAACAACGAUGGAGAAUGUUGGUCUGAGGUUCGUGAAGCGACCACCCAGAGAGAUUUCAAUGGUACCAUGGUUCAUAAUGGAAGAACUGUCCCAAUUCCACACCCCGCGUCGAAGCCGGAAUUCGUUGGAUUUGUAGAUGGAUGUCCAAAAAUGUCAUGGGGCAACCAGAAUUCAGAUGGAUCAAUUUAUACAGUACAAGGAGCCACCAAGGAAGACCCGAAUAAGUAUAUCAAUAUGUAUCAAGGACCGGAGACCAGCAUUGUAGUUCUGGACACAGCCAUCCGCUACAUGCAAGUGCUUCGUACAACACAUGAUGGGAUCAGAUGCGAUAAAUCGGUUCGUGGUGACGUCACAAGGGAUUCCAUUUCUCUUCGUCCUGAUCGAGUUCAAGAUGUCAAGUUGUUCUUCGUUCGCCAAGGUGUUUUGUUGGUUCAAUGGACUCCAUUCGACACGGAGAAAAUGUUCAUUCCGAAUGGAGGCAAAAUUGUCUAUUACGUUCAACGUCGCUUUGCCAACACUAACAGCCACUACAUCGCGUUUUUCGACGAAUCGGAUCAAUGCGAAUUGGAAAACAUCCCCGGAGAAACUGAAGUCACCGUAUACAUUCGCGCUGCUAUCCACGUCGAUGACAGUUCUGUCAAUGGAGAUUGGUCCCUGCCAGCCAGAAUUAUCACUCCACGAAGUCCUCCAGUUGCAGUUCAUAAUGUCAAAUUUGAUUCCAACUCACGCCUUCUGUCUUGGGAGAGUUUUGAUCAAUGUGCAGAUCUUCAAUUUUCUGUGAACAUCAUCCAUACUGAAUCGAAACGCAGCAUCAUGAAACUUGUUACUACAUCCAGAAAUGUGAUUGUUGAGGGACUCCAACCAGGAGACGAGUUCUCAGCAAUCAUCAACGCUACAACCAAUGUUGGAAAGUCGCCAGUCGUUGCCAAAGAUUUCAGUAUCCCAGCUCUAAGACCAAGCACCCCAGUCAACCCAAUUGUCCAGAAGGUCAAGACCAAUGAGGUCACAGUUGCAUUCAAAGCGUCGGAACCAAACGGAUCACCAGUGACUGGAUAUAUCAUUCGAUUGAUGUUAAACGGAGAAUUCUUCCAGGAGGAUUUCGUGAGGCCGGAAGAGGUGGAAAUCAAUGGAACAUUCAAACACAAAUUCCAAGAGCUCAAGGCCAACACCAACUACACUGUGUCCAUUGCCGCCAAGAAUGCGGCUGGUAUUAGCUGUAAAGUAGAAGUCCCCGUUCAGACAAGAUCCGAGCCACCUGUAGCACCAACAAUUCAAUGUCGUCCAGAUGCAUACCAAUUGAGAUUGAGCUGGGAUGACACUCCGGCGAAUGAGGAUUUAACCUACAAAUUGUCUCGCUUCAAUCCUGAGAACCAGCAAUCUAGCACCGUGUACCAAGGCGAUGAUCGAGUGAAGAUUGUGAAAAAUCUUAAAGAGGAUACCAAGUACUUCUUCACAUUGGUUGUCACAAAUAAGAUAUCGGGAGCUUUUGCAACUUCUAGACAAACCGAGUUCCGAACCAAAAUCGCUCCACCGCCGACCAUCAAGAGGACCCCGAUAAUUGUUCUGAAGGCAGGAGAGACCCACACUUAUUUGGUGGAGUGGGAAGACCAUCUUCCGGAGCAGCCACAAUACGACCAAGUGUAUUGGCUUCAAGUUUCAGACGCCACGAUUGACAGGGCUCCAUGGGUUACUGUCUAUUCUGGAAAGAGACCCUCAUAUGAAGUGGACACCAAGGAUUUCAGCGGAGCUCUCCAUGUAAGAGUGUUGUGUUAUCGAUCGGAGACCAUGAAGGGAAGCCCAUCCCCAGUUGGAUACAUUUCCAAUAUCCCACCAGAGGUACCAAGAGAGGAGGUAACAAAAAAUGUUCAUUUUAUGAAAGUAAACAAGUAUUUUCAGGAGCCCAACGAAGCUGGAACACCAUUGUGGCAACAAGCUUUAGCGCAGUGGUUCAGAGACUUGCCUGCUUCCGUUGUUACAGUUAUCAUCAUGUGCAUUUUUGUGAUCUUCUCCGUCUCAUUCACGGAGAGUCCCAUGUUAGACUAUCCCUACAAGUACACCGGCGCAUACAUGGUUUCUAAGCUGAAUUUUGGACUUCAACCCCAAUUUCAAGAUAAGAGAAUGAUUUUUUGCAGUUUUACCAACAUUUUCCGCGCCAACACUGACAUUGAGAAAGUUCCACUUGUUGCAAAUGAGGAAAUUAUGGAACACGCUAAGGAAAAAAAGACUGUUUAUCAACGCAUGCCGGAAAAUGAGCAAUCAAAAAUUCCAAAACCAUCUCCAUAUCGAGAACUAGAGAUGAUGAUGAACUCGAAUGAGAAACACACCAAUGGAGCUGUCAUUGGUCUUGGAACGUUGGGAUUUGCCUACGCGUUGGUUGCAAUUCCAAUAUUGCCAUAUGAAGACCGGAUUCUGAACUUGUAUGGGAUCAAGGGAAAGUCCGAUGAUCAGUCGGAGCCAGGGAGUCCAGCUAAAUGA